UGGAGCCCUGUGUGCUGAGGAGCUGCUCCUUCCUCCUUGAAGCAGCCAGGGCACAAUGAUGGAUAACCGUUUUGCUACAGCACUAGUAAUUGCCUGUGUUCUCAGCCUAAUAUCCACCAUCUACAUGGCAGCUUCCAUUGGCACCGACUUCUGGUACGAAUACCACACCCUGUCUCCUGUUGAGAACGUUACUGAAAAUGGCAAAAGCAUCUGGGAGGAAUUUGUGAGUGAAGAGGCAGAUGAGAAGACCUACACAGAUGCGCUCUUCCGGUGCAAUGGUACAGUUGGACUGUGGCGGAGGUGCAUCACUGUACCCAAAAACUCCCACUGGUACAGCCCACCAGAAAAUGAUAUGACCACAAAUUGCAUCAGUUUUUCCCUCUCUGAUCAGUUCAUGGAAAAAUACAUAGAGCCUGGAAACCACAAUAGUGGCACAGACCUGAAUCGGACUUAUCUCUGGAGGUUGCAGUUUCUCUUGCCCUUUGUCAGCCUUGGACUCAUGUGUUUUGGGGCUCUGAUUGGGCUCUGUGCUUGUGCCUGUCGCAGCCUUUACCCUGCCAUUGCCACUGGAGUCCUCCAUUUCCUUGCAGGGCUCUGCACACUGGGCCUGGUUGGCUGCUAUGUAGCUGGGAUUGAGCUGCUCCAUAAGAAGCUGCCCCUGCCCGAUGACGUGAGGGGCGAAUUCGGUUGGUCCUUCUGCCUGGCCUGUGUCUCGGCACCUUUGCAGUUCAUGGCAGCUGCUCUCUUCAUCUGGGCAGCUCGCACCAACAGGAAGGAGUUCACCCUCUUGAAAGCGUACCGUGUAGCAUAAGUGCUAGCACCUGGGCUUUAGGAUUCCUUGUUAGAGUCUCUUCUUUUCCCAAUCCUUACCACUUUUGUUGUUCUUUUAGUCAGAAUUCUGCCUUGUUCCUGCGUACUUCUUGCCAGUUGAGACAGUGCAGCCUAUGGGUCCUAAAGACAAAGACUUCUGGUCUGAAUGAGCAAGCUGUGCCAGAAGUCUGCAGAAUUGAAUAGG